UAAAUCAUCGGUUGGCGAUUAGUCAUGGCAAACACGGGUCUUCAGGUGAUGGGUCUGGUCCUGGGCGUCGCAGGCUGGGCGUUCGGGAUCCUGGUCUGUGCCGCCCCCUGGUGGCGUGUGUCGGCGUUCGUAGGGGACGAGCUGGUGGUGUCUCAGGUGCUGUGGGAGGGGCUGUGGAUGACGUGUCUGUCGCAGUGGGGCCGCCUGCAGUGUAAAGUCUACGACUCCGGCCUCGCCCUCUCAGGCUCCGCCCAGAUGUGCCGGGGCCUGAGCGUGCUGUCGCUGCUCCUGUGUCUGCUGGCGCUCCCGCUCAGUGUGACCGGGCUCAAGUGCACACGCUGCCUGGGCGACGCGCACGAGACCAAAGCUCGGCUGGGGCGGGUCGGCGCGGCGCUCUUCCUCGCGGCUGCGUUUUUCUUCCUUUUGCCGGUGUGUUGGACCGCGUAUGUCGUGAUACGCGAUUUCUACGACCCGAACGUCGCCGCGCCACUUAAACGUGAACUCGGACCGGCGCUCUAUCUGGGAUGGGGCGUGGCCGUGCUGAUGCUGGUGGGCGGGGCUUUGAUGUAUUUAGGCUCCGCCUCCCCUGGAGUUCCAGCCUUGCCUGUUUUCGGAAAAGGCACCAAAGGAAACCCUCCGUCCACAGCAGAGAGCAAACCGGAGAAGGUCUUUGUGUAAGAGAGCGUAAAAGACAUCAACCUGGAUAAACUGAGUCCGAGUGCUCACCUUUAAUUUGCAGAAAUGCAGGAAUAUUAUCAUUCACUCACUGUCAUGUGCAAAAACUGUAUGUGGUUAUUUUUUCUGUGGAACGCAAAAGGAGAAUUUUGCAUUAUUAUAGCUUUUUAAUUUGAUUUGAUUUUAAUUGGCUCUUUAUUAUCCAUUCUCAUGGACAUUUGUAUUUGGUCUCCCAUAGGUGCUGCAUCAUAAACAUACAGUACAGUUUAUUCACAACACACAGAAAGAGUUAUAGACGAUGUUAUGAUACUAUGACACUUUUAAAAUUGAAACUUGACAGCUUGUCUUCAUGUGGAAAAGUGCUGUCUGAUGCUUUUUCGUCAUUUCUACUUUUGAGUGCUAGAAUGAAAUAACAUUGGUUUAGAACAACGUGAAGGUGAAUUACAUCGUUUUUAUUUUUAAAAAGUCCAAUUGCAUUAAGAAAUCUGAAUCUAUCAUACACUGAAUCUGAAUACAUUUCCAAGCCUUUCGCAGCUUAUUUUGAUUUCUGAAGGAUCUUUUAUGUGCUAUAUGAAGGUCAGUAAUUAGGUUACUCGGAUUUUGUUGUUCUAUCACAGCCUCACAUGUUGUUUUGUAUUUUUCAAUUCUCAGUAUAAUUAAUGAUUGUAUCUCAUAUGAUUUAUUUAUUGAUGUGUUAUUGUGCAUUAUUUGUCUAAUAAACAUAACAGAAUGAUGUGUGUUGACUGGACAUGCAUUGCAUGCAUGCAUUAAGACGUUGGCAGGAAUCACACGACACAAUAGCAGAACACAGCACAGGGACAAUAAACAGAGUGUCCACUGUUGCUCUGAUGAUGUCACCAUGCUGGAGGACUAUGAGCUCGUGUCCCACAGAACUCCUUCAGAAGCCCUGCAUGCAAACAGACCAUCAGAGGAGGAGGGAUUCAUCAACAUCAGUACUUCAGAGACAUUAGUGACC